AUUUUACAUUAUUGUGGUGCAUUCUUGCUUUUUCAUGUUUUCAAAAUUUCUAAAGAAAAUUUAAAAUUUAAAUUACUUACUUUUUAAAUGCAAUCAGGAAAGGAAGAAAAAAAGAAACAUGAAUGCAUUGAAUGUAAACAAAUAUUUCAAAGUAAAUGGCACUUAGAUGUGCAUAUGAGAAGUCAUACUGGUGAGAAACCGUUCCGAUGCGAUAUUUGCGGUAGAAAAUUUUCCCAGUAUGGAAAUUUAACAAUUCACAAAAGAAUACAUUCGGAAGAACGACCUUUCAAAUGCAACUGUGGAUACGCUGCAAAAACGAAAUUUAAUCUGUUAUCACAUGUCAAACGAUUACAUCCACAUGCAAUCGCUUCAGAUAUUAUUAUUGAUGAGGAACAGAAACAUGAAUGCACGGAAUGUAAACAAAUAUUUCCAAGGAAAUCGCACUUAGAUGUGCACCUGAGAAGCCAUACUGGUGAGAAACCGUUUCCAUGCGAUAUCUGCGGUAAAAAAUUCUCUCAGUCUGGAAAUUUAACAAUUCACAAAAGGAUACAUUCGGAAGAACGACCUUUCAAAUGCAACUGUGGAUAUGCUACAAAAAGAAAAUUUGAUCUGUUAUUACAUGUCAAACGAUUACAUCCACAUGCAAUCGCUUCUGAUAUUAUUACUAUUCCCCAGAAAAACUCGAAAGAAGAUCAUAAAUGUAAUAAAUGUGGUAAAAGUUUUCGAUGGUUAUCCACUUUUAGAACGCAUCAAACAUCUCAUGGAAAAAACCGACCGUUUUCGUGUGAUAUUUGUAAGAAAACGUUCAAAUAUAAAUUUGAGUUAAAUAGACACGUGAAAAUAGUACAUUCAAAGAAAAAAAUCGCAUCAUUUUCCAAAAAAGACACAGAACAUGGCCAAGAAGUGCAAUCAGAUUUUUUUCAGACACCAUCAAAAAGUUCUGAAGCAACAGAAUCAAUUGAAUCUGAGCAAGUGGCUUCAGAAAAGAUUAUUUUCACAGCAAGGGAAGCUGAAGAAUUUCUUAAAGGUUUUAACAUCGAUUUAGAAAUUAUGAACUUAGAAACAUCCUCACAACUGGAGUUAUUCUCAGAGAUUGGAAACGAUGAAGAUAAAUUUGAAUGUCAACUUUGUGGACAACAAUUUUCUGACGAAAUUUUUUUAAAGGAACACAAUAAACAAGAAGAAAAAAAGAAACAUGAAUGCAUUGAAUGUAAACAAAUAUUUCAAAGUAAAUGGCACUUAGAUGUGCAUAUGAGAAGUCAUACUGGUGAGAAACCGUUCCGAUGCGAUAUUUGCGGUAGAAAAUUUUCCCAGUAUGGAAAUUUAACAAUUCACAAAAGAAUACAUUCGGAAGAACGACCUUUCAAAUGCAACUGUGGAUACGCUGCAAAAACGAAAUUUAAUCUGUUAUCACAUGUCAAACGAUUACAUCCACAUGCAAUCGCUUCAGAUAUUAUUAUUAUUCCCCGGAAAAAAUCGAAAGAAAAUCACAAAUGUGAUAAAUGCGGUAAAAGUUUUCCAUCGUUAUACACUUUAACAAAACAUCUAAUAUCACAUGGAAAAAACCGACCGUUUUUAUGUGAUAUUUGUAAGAAAACGUACAAAUAUAAAUCUGAUUUAACAAGACACAUGAAAAUAAUUCAUUCACAGGAAGAAACCGCAUCUUCUUCCAAAAAAAGCACGGAACAUGGCCAAGAAAUGCAAUCAGAUUUUUUUCAGACACCAUCAACAAGUUCUGCAGCAAGAGGAUUAAUUGAACCUGAACAAUUGGCUUCAGAAGAGAGUAUUUUCACAUCAGGAGAAGCUGAAGAAUUUCUUAAAGAUUUUAACAUCAAUUUAGAAAUUAUGAAGUUAGAAACAUCCUCACAACCGGAAUUAUUCUCAGAUAUAGAAACAGAUGAAGAUAAAUUCGAAUGUCAACUUUGUGAACAACAAUUUUCUGACGAAAUUUCUUUAAAGAAACACGAGAAACAAGUCCACUAAUCUAUUUAAUUCUGGACAUUUAACUUUGAAACAAUAUAAGUUCAAACAGUCGUCAAAAAUUAUUAACAUUUUUCUAUAUUGGUCUGCGACAGAUGAAAAUUAAACAUACGUAAAACAAUAUUAGUUACAGCACACAAUAUACUGAAUAUGCAUCGAAGAACAUUAGUUCUUCGGAAGAAGUAAAGCUGAAGUCAAAUUGACAGACUUCCAGUCAAACCUUCGCUCAUCAAACAACAACAAAUCAAGAUGUAUUAAGCGCUGCCGAAAUUUCUGUCCAAAUGAGAAGGAGACUAGAGACAGAGGAAGAAAAUACUUCGGAUUCGGAUAAACCAUCAACGUCAAGACAAUUCAAGAACAUUGAAUA